AUGGGAACGGAGCCGACGGGGACAACGAACUCUUCGGCCGGUUCGGGUGGAUCCGGUUCGCGGACGGCUCGCAAGCGUGACUCCUGGCACACGACCUCCCCUCCACCGUCCGCCGGCGGGGCCAACGGGACUUCGGGGGGCGAUGCCGGCCAUGAUGAACCGCCCGACGGAAGAGAACCUGCCACCAACGGGAACUCGUCGGGCGUCGAUGGUGGGGGAGGAAAGAAGCAGCCACUUUCCGCCAGCACCACGGCGACCACGGAAACGAUGGCUCAGGUGCUGCCGAGCGGCAAGGAGCGGAGCAUGGUGGUGGCGUUGACGGGCGAACGGCGGCGGGAGACCUGGAGCCAGAAGGCGGAGUUCCUGCUCGCGGUCAUUGGGUUCGCCGUGGAUUUGGGCAACGUGUGGCGCUUUCCGUACAUCUGCUACCAGAAUGGAGGUGGCGCGUUCCUCAUUCCGUACUGCAUCAUGCUGCUGUUCGGAGGACUUCCGCUGUUCUACAUGGAGCUGGCACUCGGUCAGUUCCAUCGAUGCGGCUGCCUCUCGAUCUGGAAGCGUAUCUGUCCGGCGCUGAAGGGUGUCGGUUAUGCCAUUUGCCUGAUAGACAUCUACAUGGGCAUGUACUACAACACCAUCAUCGGGUGGGCCGUGUACUACCUGUUCGCAUCGUUCAGCUCCGAGCUGCCCUGGACCAAGUGCGGUAACCCGUGGAACACCGAUGCCUGUUCGCCCGUUACGGGGCGUCUAAAUACGACCCUCACAUCAACGACCACGGCAGCGACGACGCUUCUCUCGACGAACGCAGCCAGUUCUGCGACCGGUGCGACGGCACUGGUUGCGUCCGUGCUGGGCAACUCCACACUGGCCACUCCGUUCGCUUCCACCGCACAUCAGCUGCAUUACCACCACGAACAUAACCUUCUAACCAGCACCUUACCAACGAUGUUAUCCAACUUCUCGUCCAGUACGGUGGCGGCGGUUGUCAGUGAAGUCGUGGGAGUGGUGACGGAAGGUCCUGUGCUGUCCAGUCCGGCGAGAGAAUUUUUCGAACGUCAGGUUCUGGAGCAGUACAAAUCGGACGGACUGGACUUUAUGGGCCCGGUCAAGCCGUCGCUUGCCCUCUGCGUCUUUGGCGUGUUCGUGCUCGUUUAUUUCUCCCUCUGGAAGGGCGUCCGCAGUGCGGGGAAGGUGGUGUGGGUGACGGCCCUCGCUCCCUACGUCGUCCUGCUGAUUCUGCUUGCCCGUGGAGUCACGCUGCCCGGUGCCGCCGAAGGCAUCCGUUACUACCUAACGCCACAGUGGAACAAAUUGAACAACUCCAGGGUUUGGAUUGAUGCCGCGUCGCAGAUCUUUUUCUCCCUCGGCCCCGGUUUCGGCACGCUGCUAGCCCUGUCCAGCUACAACAAGUUCAACAACAACUGCUACCGGGACGCCCUGCUGACGAGCAGUAUCAACUGUCUCACGAGCUUCCUGGCCGGGUUCGUUAUCUUCUCCGUGCUCGGCUAUAUGGCACAGGUGCAGAACAAGUCGAUCGAAGAGGUUGGGCUUGAAGGGCCGGGACUGGUGUUUAUCGUCUACCCGGAAGCGAUCGCCAUGAUGAAGGGAUCGGUGUUCUGGUCAAUCAUCUUCUUCCUGAUGCUCAUUACCCUCGGGUUGGACUCGACCUUCGGUGGUUUGGAGGCGAUGAUUACGGCGCUUUGUGAUGAGUAUCCGCGAACCAUCGGCCGUCGGAGGGAGUUGUUUGUGCUGAUUCUGCUCGGGCUCAUCUACAUCUGUGCGUUACCGACAAUGACUUAUGGUGGUGUUUAUCUGGUCAACUUCCUGAACGUUUACGGGCCCGGGUUAGCCAUUCUGUUCGUCGUGUUCGUCGAGGCGGCGGGCGUCUUCUGGUUCUACGGCGUGGACAAAUUUUCCGCCGACAUCGAGCAGAUGCUUGGCAAGAAGCCGUCGCUCUUCUGGCGCAUCUGCUGGAAGUACAUCAGUCCGACGUUUUUGUUCUGCAUUUUAAUAUUCUCCCUGCUCGGCUAUGAGGAUAUGCUCGGCGAGGAGUAUAAGUACCCCGAAUGGAGUGUCGCUGCCGGUUGGACGUUGACGCUGUCGUCGGUACUUUGCAUUCCAACUUACGCGAUCUUCAAGUUCUUGAAAGGUUCUGGCAACUGUAGAGAACGAUUGAGACGCAUAUUCAACCCGGAACCGCUCAUACCGACGGCCAUUCCCGGCCAGCUGUACACCGGCACCUCCGUCUGA